AUGCCGAGUCCUAUCAUCCCGCGAUCGAAAUCGGUCCCCGAUAUCGAUAUCGCCAGCCCCAAUUCACCAUCCGACAUACUGGCUUCCAGCAAGUCAGUAAGAACCACUAGAUCGACGGGAUCGCCGAUAAUCUCCUGGCCGAAGAAGCUCAGUGAUCUCCUCAAAUGGAAGGCUAAUUCAGACCUGACUGAGAAAGGCCUCCUGGAAUUCAACAGAAGGAAUCGACUGAUUGAAGAAAGAUAUGCUUGCAGCAGCCCCUAUUCCAAGGGUCUUACAGACUUUUCUCUUGAUAUCCAUAGACAAAAAUUGUCUGAAACGAGUCCAGGGAGGGAGAGCUAUGUCAGUUCAGGCGGGAAAACCGGUGGCCGGCCUCGAUGGACUUCUUCCUGGUUUGCGCCAAAGAAGCAUGAAAGAAGCUAUUCUUCGUCGAGCUCGUCCUGGACGAAAAGCUCCAACGAGACAAGGUUCAUGACUUCAUCUUCUUCCUCCUCGUCGUCCAAGAUCAAUGAGAGUGGAAUCUUGGUGACGAAAAUGAGGGCCAGGGUGACAAGAAACGAUCUCGAAUUUGAGAGUCAGGGUACUUUCAUAUCAUCAACAAUGGAGAAGCCAUUGAGGGAGAGAGAUUCUGAGCGGUCUGUGCUGCUGCAACCGGAGCCGUUACCGUAUCCACCCCAGCAGAUAUUACCAUCACCUGUUGGCAUGCUUUCGCCGCCAACAUCACCACCGCCACCGCCGCCACCACCACCACCGCAGCCUUUUCCACCACCAGCUGUGCAAGCACCACAACCACAGAUAUCGGCAGCUGGAGAAUUUGAAUAUGAGGAAAGGGAUGUUAAGACAAUAGUCAACGAAAGAAAAUAUGUCUGGGCAGACAUAUAUCGACCUGUUGAGCUGCAACAUUUUCUUUGCAAUAGGAGCACAGCGCUUUCACUGCAAACCAUGGCAAGGGGUUGGCAUGACCGACCCGAAGAAUGCGGACACUUCAUAUUUGAAGGAAGUCCCGGCGUGGGGAAGAGAACCAUGAUGUGGGCUUUGCUUAGGGAGAUAUUUGGAAAAGACAAAGUCGAGGCAAAAGAAGAAAGCAGGACAUUUUACUUGAAGGGGGAAGCAGUGCCUAGCAUUCAAGUAAAUUUAACUGCAUCACCACAUCAUGUCGAAGUGAACCUCUCUGAACUCAAAGGGUACGAAAAACAUGUAAUUGUUGAACUUAUCAAAGGGAAGCCUUUGAUGUCUGAUGCAACCAUGUGUGCCACAGAAGCAAAGUGCAAAGCUAUAAUUCUGCAUGAGGCAGACAAGCUAUCUAUAGAUGCACUGUCAUAUAUCAGGUGGAUGUUAGGGAAGUUUGAAGGCUGUAAUAAGGUAUUCUUCUGCUGCAGUGAUGCCAAAAAACUUCAGGUCAUAAAACCGAUCUGCACAUCUGUUCAACUCCUAGAACCGUCAGUGACAGAGAUUCUUGAAGUUUUGACAAAAAUAGCAAAAGAGGAAAACAUAGAAUUACCUCAAGUGCUGGCAAAUAAGAUCGCUAACAGCUCCAAGAAUAACCUGAGACAAGCCAUACGCUCCUUUGAAGCCACUUGGCACUUCAGUGGGUGCCAAGCUGUUUUGAAGGAAGAUCAAAUUAUCAAAACUGGGUGGGAGGAUAAAAUAGCUAAUAUUGCUAAUAACGUUGUAGAAGAGCAAAGCCCAAUGCAGCUGUAUUAUAUCCGUGGAGAAAUUAAAAAUCUCAUAGAGCACAAUGUAGCUCCAGAGUACAUUUUCCAAACUUUAAAGGAAGAGCUGCAAAAGAUUUUACCUGAAAAGCUACAGAUGCAGUUUAUCCAGCUGUAUGAAGAAUAUCAAAACAAUAAUAGUGCGAAGAAGGGCAUGCUCUGUGGAGACGUGGAAGAAGGGCUCAGUGAAAGACAGCAUGAUCAGAAAAAGAACGUGCAAAGGUUUAUGAAGAUUGAAGAGUUUAUCGCACGAUUCAUGAGCUGGUAUAAGGGUUCCUCCUCUAUCAAGAACAUGGAGCAGAUUGCGACGAUGGACCGGCCGACGACCUGCAGUUGAAUCCCUAAAGUCUGGACCAAGGUGAAAGACAUUGAGCUGUUCGGGAAAGAGUUCUUCGGCGAGUAGACUUCCGACACCGCCGCCAUGACGAAUCUGAGUCCAGGAUUCGCCGUCCGUACAUUCCCUUGACUCGGAAGCCAUUAACCAGAUUGAUGUUUACAGUGAUGUUCGCGGGAAGGAAAAUCUUAAACUGUGCGUGUAUUAAACAGAUAGUACUGUUUUCUUUCUUUUUUCAACACGCGAUAGAACACGCCCGUGUCGGAAUAAAUCAAGGAUUUC